ACUUUUUUUAUUUGUGGUAGUAAAGGCUUUAUAAACCUAAUAUAUUUCUCUUCAUUCCUCCUUCGCCGUUCUGUGUUGCUGCUGUAGGGUUGAGCAUUUUUCUGUGUUUUCAGCGAUUUUCUCACAAUGGUUCUUCAGAACGAUAUCGAUUUGUUGAACCCUCCAGCUGAGUUGGAGAAGAGAAAGCACAAGCUCAAGCGUCUUGUUCAGUCACCAAAUUCCUUUUUCAUGGAUGUCAAGUGCCAGGGCUGUUUCAACAUAACAACUGUGUUUAGCCACUCUCAAACAGUUGUGGUAUGCGGUAACUGUCAGACUGUGUUGUGCCAACCAACAGGUGGACGUGCAAGGUUAACUGAAGGUUGCUCAUUUAGGAAGAAGGGGGACUAAAUGGUGUGUUAACCAGAUUUUCAUUGUCUAUGAUUGGAGAGUUGAUAAGUUUCGGUUUAGGGUUUUGAGAUGGAAUCAGUUUUAGAGAUGGUAUAUUAAAUUGUUAAAUUGUAUGAUGAUAUCUCUGUUUCCACAGGACAUACUAGUGACACCAAAUGCCGAAUUUUACUUUAUUGGAGUGUUUGUGGUUUUGUUGGAUAUUUUUUUAUGUUCUCUACUGAAGUGAAAAUGGUCUAGUUUGAUGGUUAUUAAUGUGUUUCUAUUUUGUA